CCCAGCCGGACAUGCGCACAAGUACUGUAAAUUCGACAGCUUAUGUUGCUUCGUGGGGGCAGGAGUUUAAAAUACCUACAGCUGGUAUAUCGUCCGAAUGCAAAAGAUGUCAGGGGUGCAGAAGGCCCCAGGCAGCGUCGAGCUGAAGCCGCCUGACAAAGGGGAGCAGCCGAUGGACCUGGCUCCCAGAACGGCGCAUCCGCACGCCGCUGCCAAGCCGGCGCCACUGCAGGUCACCACCAUCGGUCCCGCGCUACGACCGCAUCUGGACACGGCCAAGUCUGCGUUUACGACGCUGGGACAGAGGCUUCCUGCAUCUCCAAGGCCAGUUUUACAGCCAGCCAUUUCUGUGUCCUCAACCGGUGGAAAUGUAAUCGCUGCCUCGGUCACGCCAUCGUAUACAGUAAAGUCUGUGGGGGGAUCUUCUACACUGCGGCAUAUGGUGACACCAACGGCAACGGGGGUGUCAUUACCAAAUGCUGGCGCCAUUGUCACUUCGGUAGCGCCUCAGAUGGCAUCCAUCAUUCGCGGCAGCACCAUCACCACCACCCAGAUUGGCCACACUACCUCACACCAGUUCUCAUCGCAUGUACCACGAGGGCCAGCAGCCGUUGCAAGCAUCAACACUGCUCCGAAGUCUGCGCUCGCAACGCCCAUGUUGCGGUCUUCAAUGAGUCAAGCAAACACAGCACCUCAUAUACCUGUUGGCCAAGCGCGGGCAGCGGGGCUGGUUCCUACUAGAGCGACGUUUGCAUCCCUUCCGCGAUCAGCGAACUUGGCGAUGACGCAUGUGAUGGACUUGCAGAAAACAUAUGGGGUGCCCAGGUCUGGCUCGCACGGGGGAGCCGGUCAGGUGCAGAUUGGCUUUGCCUCGGGACGCUCGUUGGAACCCUUGGCACGGACAGCACUUGGCCACCCCUCUGUUUCCAUAGCCAAGUCUCUGCACGUCAGCCAACCCAUCGUGCACAGCCUUCAUCAGGUCCCUGAGAAAACGUUCAAGUGCAACACAUCUCCAGCCACCGUCCAGUAUACAGCGGUGCCUAGUAUCGCCCCGGGCACAACAGGCCAUUCUGCAGUUAUCCCUUCAUCACCUCUCACGACUUGCAAUAGCAGCACUGCUAGCUGUGGGGCCACCAUUGUGUCACCUCAUGCACAAGUUGUACAGCCCAGUGUGCCCAUCCGAAGCAACAUGGGCACAAUGUCCCUUGUUACAUUAGCUCCCACAUCUGCAGUGCAGUCGGCACCACAGGUGGUGGCAACAAGUCAGCCUGCAUCUUUUCAUGGUUCCAAUCUGGCGACGGGAGCCUCUGGAAUUCACCCAAUUAUCACAGUGGUGUCAAACAAGAGUCCCCUGUCAGCGGCGCCAUCAUCCACAGCACCAAGCAUAGGACUACCCCAGAGCAGGCUUGGUGCGUCACGCCUCGCGACAACUGCGGCUCUAGCAGUGCAACCAACAAGUGUCCAAGUUGCAGGGUCGGCGUCUCGCCCGAUAACGACGACUGUGGCCAUUCAUCCACCUACUAUGUCUGUGCCAACAGUCUCGGUUGUAAAGACACGCUCCGAGGACGCCUCCAAGGACGACCGACGCUACGUGCCGGGGACCAAGGUGUAUGGGCCCGCAUCUCUGGUGGGAUCUACAGCAGGCAUGCAUUGCAGUGCUGGUGUGGAGGCAGCAGCUACGGUGUCGGAACCCACAGGAAACCUCUUUGUGACUGGUGCGGCAGCGAGAAACCUCACCACAACCAUUUCCUCCACGUCAAGCAGUGCACCGACAACUGCAUCGCCACUGCCGGCAACUGUCGUCAUUUCCGACACCCGGGUGGAGAGGUCAGCUCAGUUGCAAGGGGCAGCGGCAACACCAUCAUAUGCAGUACCGGCCACAUACUUGUACGAGCCUUAUCCGAUCCAGGGCGCAACCAUUACAAUGCAUCCAUAUGCAGCAGCUACUCCUGCAGGUGUAACACCUGUCUUUCCCGUGGCGUCAGCGCGGCCACCCAGCCGGCCGCACCUGGUGAGUGGCGGCAGCAUACCUUCGUCAGCGACUACUGUAGUGCAUCCGCCACAGCCGUUGCAGCAGCAGCAACAGCAGCAGGCUCAACUGUCACAGCCGCAGCAGCCGACGGCAACACACCUAGGUGCCUUGUCGCUGGGUGCUUCAUCUGCACUCGGAGUCACCACCACCCUGGGUUCAGCCUCUCCCAUCGGGGCUGCCAGCCCCGUGGGUGCCACUCCCUUGUCAUCAGCUGUGGUGCCCACCAUGGGUACCGCAGCGGGUCAAGUUGUCAGUGCAGCGUCUGUUGGGACUAGUCAGGUGACGCCUUCUGCUAUUACUGUUCCUCCUUCGCUGGGCAGCUUACAACAGCCGUUGGGAGCAGCAGCUUCCUUAGGCGCAGCCACACCUCUGGGAUCAACAAUGGGUUCUGGUCCCAUGGGGUCCACGACAGUGCGUGCACCACUUAUGGUAGCCGUGGACUCUAUGAGUGGCCGACAUCAGCAGCAACAGCAGCUAGUUUCCCACAGUGCUCUUCAUGCGCAACAAGCGGGAUUCACAACCACUAGUUUGACAGCACAUAGUAACUCGGUAAGCGAUGGUGUGGCCAGUUCACAGCCUUCGGCAACCACGCAACCCUACAGCUGUGCAACACCAUCGAAUCUGCUGUCACCUACACACAGCUCAACGCCGCCGAAUCACAACACUUCACCCCGCCCUAGCAUAUUGAGAAAACGGACAUUUGAAAGUGCCCAUCUUAGUGUAAAAAAGAACCUCAUGGCAUCGCUUCCUGGGUCAGAGCCUGCCAGUCCUCGUUCUGAAGCACCUGCAUCACUUUCAACGACCUCAUCACCAAAACCUGCUAGUGACAUUCAACAGGAAAGCAGCAAUAGCAGUAGCACCGCCAGUGACCCACUUUUAUCUGAGGCCUCCAAGACGUCAUCGUUACCUAUGGUCAACAUCAAACAGGAGCCACCAGACGCAUGUGAAACGCCUCCAAAUGGAAAUGCCUCGGUCCUACCUACUCUUCAAAAUUCUACGGUGGAGGCUUCCCCACGAAAGAAACCGAGAAAGCAGUUACUCUGUGCAACUGAGCUUUUGGACAUCCAUUCCACUGAUGGGGAUGACGACAUGGAAAAGGAGAGCCUGGAAAAUUGAAGAAGGAAUUCUCAAGGGGAGAUGACAUGAAGUGUGUGGCUUUCUGCAAAAGGCCAAGCAUGUCAUUGCUUACAAGCUACUCCCAUAACUGGAAAACACGUCAGAACCAUUUCAUCAGGCACAGCGACGUCAAACCGAAAGAUGACAAAAAGCAGACCGUUAACGACUUGGCCAACCAAAAAGGUGUACUACAGAAGGCCAACGGCUGGAAAGUUUUUCACUUGACGUCGCAGAUGGAAGAUGUGGUUGACCUGGAGGAUACAGUCCACAGAAAGCUGUCACAGUUAUUAGACUUCAUUGAAGACAAGCCGCCAGCAAUACGAGUGAAGCCACUCAACAUGGAUGAAGAGCGAAUACUCAACAAAAUUAACGACCUCAUCAAGGGCAACCUUCAGCGCAGCAGGAUUGUGCAGGACCAGGUGACAGAAGCGAAGCAGCAGAUGGAUGGCACUGCCCGCGGAAAGGCGGUUGGCAAGGGUGAAAGCCGUCUCGACCUUCGCCUGUUUGGCCCAUGUUCCGAUGUCUCGGUGGUGAAGGGAAGGACCUUAACAGGCCUUACUUCGACACCAUGUUACCCAGAUGGAACACUCCGGUGCAUAGCAAUCGAGGGACAGUACUAUGUGCCCCCUGCAUUGCUCACUAAGAUGAUGUGGCCAGCCAUGGCAAUUUGUGAAUUAUGUUGCUUUCAUUCAGGCAUGUUUUUUUUUGUUAUUGAUGUAAAAUAUACUUUCGUUUUGUUUGUAGCCCAUGUUCGUUAUAUGUUAUGAGUUAUCUGGCUUAAUUGCUUCGUCUUGUGCGUGGAACUCUGAUGCACUAUUGGUACUACCCUGUGUACCAAUGGAGAGGUUGUUUUUACUGGUCAGCUCCCCUUUGCUUUUUUCAGAAUUUCCUCUUCUUGCACAACUCCUUCAUAACAAUCACUGUUGCUUAUUCUGUCUCUUCCUGUGCGCCGGUCAGUCACACUAUCCGAAAAAAGUCUCGCAGAAAAGGCCUGCUGUGAAUUCUGAUGUAUAGAUACUGACUUGCCCGCAAUAAGUCAAUGCAGACAGCACAAAUCAACAUUCCUUGCCUCGAUAGAAGGUCCUGUCUCUUUCUGUGCAGUUUGAUAAUUCCGGAGUGUUCAGAAGGUACUUCCUUACACUUGCGCACUCGUGCACUGGCAUUAAUAGUGUCAUCAUGUUCAGAUUUUACUUGCAACUUGUAUGCUGCAUGUUUGUUUGUUGUGUAACGUGCAUGUAAAUAUGUAUAAGUUGUGAAAAUGUGGGCUUGUUUGAACAAGCCAAAGAUUGACAACCGUUGCGCGAAUGAUAGUCUCUAUCGAUGCUCAUAAACGGUCAUGUUGUGUUGCAAGAGGGAUGCAUAUGUCUGUGGCAAAGGACACUUGGCAUAGCUACAAUGCAUGAUAAAAUCUUUACUGUUGCAAAGAAUAAUGACCGAAGUAAGUACCCCUGAAAUGGUUUGAGCAUAAAGCAAGAGAGUCUAUACCUCACAGGGAGGAAACGUUUUUUAACUUAAAAUGCUGUGGCACUUGACUGCUUGAAUAACCAAGUUUAGGUGGUGCAGACUAUAGCUUGUGUGGAUUUAAAGAUAAAGUCUGAAUUGUGGAAGGCUACAAGUGUGUGAGUGAACAAAUGCAAAGUCAGGUGAAUCAGUUGCAAAUUUUGUUUAGAUGCCACCUUGCCAAGACAGGGCACUAUCACUUUAAUAAUGCCUCUUUAGAAAUGCAUGGGAAUAUUAUUUUAGCAAGUGUAUAACUUUCUUUCAGGGAUGCUACCAUAAUUUUCAUUUAACAAAGCUUUAUUAUCAUUCUUGUUGCUAUGCCUGCUAAUGGCUUUCCCUGUAAAACUUGUUCUGCUUUAAUGAGCAUCAUGAUGAAUGCUGUAAAUGUCGAAAGAUUGAUGAAAGCUCUGUUUGCGUUGCAUGUACAGACAGUGGAUGUAUAACAUAGAUUACGAUGUUAUCUUUACACCUAUCUCUUGUUAUCACUUCUGCCUGCUAGUCCCAAAAAAUGCCAUAGCCAUCUUUUCAGGCCAUUAUUGCUUCACUGUGCAGAUUUCGUGAUAAAAGGGGUCAUAUUUGGAAUUGUUGUGGUUGAAAAACUGCCUUAUACAAAGGGCCCUUGUGCCAAGAUUUUAAGUAUGUUGUUUUGCUAUCUUCUCUUACCUGCCAACACAAUGGGUCCAUGGGGCAAGUUUUUAGAUGCAAGCUUCACGAAUGCUGAAACAAAUUGUUUUCAGCGGUACUUUUCAGGCCUUCACGCUGCCCUCGGGUUGAUGAUGGAUUUAUGAGAAAGACCUUGGUCGUGUGUGACCAUUCUCAUGCACAAUUAUUUUCAGGCCUUCACGCUGCCCUCGUGUUGAUGAUGGAUUUAUGAAAAAGACCUUGGUUGUGUGUGACCAUUCUCAUGCACAAUUCUUUUUUUUUUUUCUUCUUUUAAGCUUCCAAAAGGGAAAUGGUUCAGGUAUUGCCUGCCAACCUGUUUCUCAUUGAACACCAGUGAAACUAGGCUCUUGUAACAUAGGCAAUAACGUCUGACGCAAGGGCGCUCAGUGACUCGUGUUUUAUAAAGCGCAUUAAAUUAUUCUGUUCAUCGCUUGCGUGUGCGUGGUUACACUCUUGUACACAUUGCCUUGGUUGCUGUCAGCUGUAUGCACACCAUUCGUAUUGUUUUCUUGCAUUGUAUAAAGUAUCAUUACUCUCAUAUAUAUAUAUAUAUCUACAUGCACGUGCACACAUGUAGUUGCUUCAGUGCACUAGAAGCUAGACGCAGAAAAUGGAGUAUGGAAAGCAAAUAUUAUUUACUUUAUCUUCGGGAUUUUAGUCUUUGUGUUAUAUAAAAUAUUUUUGCUUAUCUACUGCCCAUCUUGAUAAGGUUACAUCAGAAUGAAUUGUAUCGAUCCCGGGUUUCUCUCUUGAAUUUUCGAAAAGACCAUGUCUUUUUGUUUUCCUUGUACAGAUUUUCGUCAUCGCUUUUGCAGAUUGUUGUGUACAUUGUUUUAGUGUAACAGUUUAACUUUUAAGUGCUGACAUCAACUUUUGUACAUGUGCGAGUUUCAUUUAUGGAAUUCUGCCAUUGUCAUUGUUCGUGGUCUUCUGAAAUGUAUUCAAUUCCUUUGUGAACGCGAAUGUUAAUAUACGCCAUGCAAGAAGUCUGCCGCCUUGCACUUUGUCAUAUUUCACUGUGUACAGACUGUACAUUAAAAAUGACUGAAUCAGAAACCCACAA